AUGGGCGUGGUUAAUGAGUUCGACGACAGAGACCAACAUUUACUGGCUGAAACCGAAGCGUACCAUCCCUAUGAAUAUCAGGAAGAGGGCAACGGCUCUUGGGCCGGUGCCCUGCCGGUGAAGCAGGGACUUUACGAUCCUGAUCUUGAGAAAGAUGCGUGCGGUGUCGGUUUUGCCUGCCACAUCAAGGGCAAGGCAAGCCACAAGAUUGUCAGCGAUGCUCGCAACCUUCUUUGCAACAUGACCCAUCGAGGUGCGGUGGGAUCUGAUGCUCGGGACGGCGACGGUGCUGGUGUCAUGACUUCGAUCCCCUUCAAGUUCUUCAUCAAGAACUUCGAGCGCGAUGUUGGCAUCAAGCUUCCGCCUCCUGGACAGUAUGCUGUGGGCAACCUAUUCUUCAACCCCGAGCCCGAGAAGCUGCAGGAGCAGCAACGGCAAUUGGAAGACAUUGCCGAGUCCUUGGGCCUGCGGAUCCUGGGAUGGCGAGAGCCUCCCACCGAUCCCAGUCUGCUCGGGCCUGCUGCUCUCAGUCGCCAGCCUGUCAUUCUGCAGCCUUUUGUAGUCCUCACGUCUUACUACGGCUCCGGGAACGCGCCAGAAAUGACCGACCCCGAGAAGUUCGACUUCAGGCACCUUGAAAGGCAGCUAUUCGUGCUGCGAAAGCGCGCCACUCACACCAUCGGCCUCCACAACUGGUUCUACAUCUGCUCGCUGUCCAACAAGAACAUUGUUUACAAGGGCCAGCUUGCACCUGUUCAGGUCUACCAGUACUACCACGAUCUGGUGAACGCCGACUACGAGGCACACUUUGCCCUGGUACACUCUCGGUUCUCCACCAACACAUUCCCUUCAUGGGACCGUGCACAGCCUCUUCGGUGGGCUGCCCACAACGGCGAAAUCAACACCCUGCGUGGCAACAAGAACUGGAUGAGGGCUCGCGAAGGUGUGAUGCAGUCGGACGUGUUUGCGGAAGAGUUGGAGAUGCUGUAUCCUAUCGUCGAAGAUGGUGGCUCUGAUUCUGCUGCUUUUGACAAUGUCCUCGAGCUGCUCACCAUCAAUGGUGUGCUUUCCUUGCCGGAGGCUGUUAUGCUGAUGGUUCCCGAGGCGUGGCAGGAUAAUGCCCACAUGGAUCCCAAGAAGGCCGCUUUCUAUGAGUGGGCCGCGUGCCAAAUGGAGCCAUGGGACGGCCCUGCUCUUUUCACCUUUGCCGAUGGUCGCUUCUGCGGUGCUAAUCUCGACCGAAACGGACUUCGGCCUUGCCGGUUCUAUGUCAUGGACGACGACCGCAUCAUCUGCGCUUCCGAGGUUGGUACCAUCAGCGUAGAGCCUGAACGUGUGGUGCAAAAGGGUCGUCUGCAGCCUGGUCGUAUGCUGCUGGUUGACACCCAGGAAGGGCGCAUCAUUGAUGACCGCGAGCUGAAGGAGAGAGUCUCCCAGCGACAAGACUUCCGCUCUUGGCUGGACAGUGAGCUUCUGAAGCUGGACAACGUCCUCAAGCAGUCCGAGGCUGACAAGUCCCUUGACUUGGCUGCGAAACCUGAUACCCAUGCUGUCCAGGAAGACCCCCUCCUGCAUGCCUUUGGAUACACCUUUGAGCAGGUCACCCUCAUUCUUGCCCCUAUGGCGGCCGACGAGAAGGAGGCUCUUGGCUCUAUGGGCAAUGACGCUCCUCUUGCUUGCCUUUCCAAGGAGCCGCAACUGCUUGCGAACUACUUCAGACAGUUGUUCGCCCAAGUGACCAAUCCUCCCAUUGAUCCUAUCAGGGAGUCGAUUGUCAUGUCCUUGGAAUGCUAUGUCGGACCCCAAGGCAACCUUUUGGAAAUUGCUCCCGAGCAAUGCGGUCGGCUACUCCUCAAGAGCCCUAUCCUCACUAUCCCGGAGCUCAACACGCUGAAGACGAUGUCGAAGCUCUACCCUGAGUGGACUGUCAAAGUCAUCGACAUCACAUUCCCUAAGAAGGACGGGAUUGAAGGCUACAUCAAGCACCUCGACUACAUCCGUAACGAGGCCACUGAUGCCAUCGAGCAACGCAACCGUAUCAUCAUCCUGUCCGACCGCAACACGUCGGCGGACCGCAUUUCGGUCUCAACUCUCCUGGCGUCCGGCAUGGUCCACCAUCACCUGGUCAACAACAAGUGGCGAUCGAUGGCUGCCAUCGUCGUCGAGACUGCUGAGGCCCGCGAGGUCCAGCACAUGUGUGUCCUGCUCGCCUACGGCGCUGAUGGCAUCAACCCAUACCUAGCCAUGGAGUGCAUCUUGAAGCUGAACCGGGAGAAGCUCAUUCGGAAGAAGAUGACCGACGAGGACCUCAUCAAAAACUACAAGCACUCCUGCGACGGUGGAAUUCUCAAGGUUAUGAGCAAGAUGGGUAUUUCUACACUGGCCAGUUACAAGGGUGCCCAGAUCUUCGAGGCUCUGGGAGUCCACAACUCCGUCGUGGAAUUGGCCUUCAGGGGAACUGCCUCCCGUAUCGGAGGUGUCACUCUCGAGCACAUUGCCGAGGACGCCUUCAGGUUCCACGAGCGAGGCUUCCCGUCCCGUUACACUUACCACUGGCGAGACGGUGGCGAGCCUCACAUCAACGACCCUGUCUCCAUCGCCAACAUCCAGGACGCCGUCCGCAACAAGAACGACAAGUCAUACGAGGCAUACUCCAAGUCCGAAUAUGAGCAGGUCAAGGCCUGCACACUGCGCGGCAUGCUGGACUUCGAGUUCGACGAGUCCAAAUCCAUCCCCAUCGACCAGGUCGAGCCCUGGACCGAGAUUGUCCGCCGCUUCUGCACUGGCGCCAUGUCCUACGGAUCCAUCUCCAUGGAGUCCCACGCAACACUCGCCGUAGCCCUCAAUCGUUUGGGUGGGAAAUCUAACACUGGAGAAGGCGGGGAGGAUCCUGAAAGAUCACUCGUUGAUGAGAAUGGCGAUACCAGGAGGUCUGCUAUCAAGCAAGUUGCAAGUGGGCGGUUUGGAGUCACUUCUGCAUACUUGUGCGAUUCCGACGAAUUGCAAAUCAAGAUGGCCCAAGGCGCAAAGCCGGGAGAAGGCGGCGAAUUGCCCGGCCACAAGGUCAGCAAGAGCAUCGCAAGGACCCGUCACUCGACUCCAGGUGUCGGUCUUAUCUCGCCACCGCCUCACCACGACAUCUACUCCAUCGAGGAUCUGAAGCAGCUCAUCUACGAUCUCAAGUGCUCCAGCCCCCGCUCGCGAGUCUCGGUCAAGCUUGUCUCGGAGACCGGAGUCGGUAUCGUCGCCGCUGGUGUGGCCAAGGCCAAGGCUGACCACAUCCUGAUCUCUGGCCACGAUGGUGGCACUGGCGCUUCCCGAUGGACCGGUAUCAAGCAUGCUGGUCUCCCCUGGGAGCUUGGUCUAGCCGAGACUCACCAAACACUUGUCUUGAACGAUCUUCGUGGACGGGUUGUCGUUCAAACCGACGGUCAACUGAGAACUGGUCGUGACGUCGCCAUUGCCUGUCUCCUGGGAGCUGAGGAGUGGGGUUUCGCCACUGCUCCUUUAAUCGCGAUGGGCUGCAUUAUGAUGCGCAAAUGUCUAUCGCCCGACACCAUGGUCCGCACCACGUCGGGACCCAAGGCGAUCAAGGACAUCAAGGUCGGUGACAAGCUCUUCGACGACAAAGACAUGCCUGUCCUAUGCACGGGUGUCUCGGACAUUGAAACGUCGAACUCGAUGAAGACUAUCACGUACACAGACUACGACUCCGUCAAGAAGUCCUCCUUCACCUGUACGCCAGAUCACAUCAUGUCGCUGCGGGCGUUCGGCGUCUCGCCUUCCAUCGUCAAGAAAGGCUGUGGUGUACAGUGGUUUACCCGUUGCUGUAGAACUGAGCUCGUCGACGACGUACAGGCGAUCAAAUGGGACCAGUCGAUGCAUGAGCUGUACACUGAAGUCUCUGACAAUCUUGGACGACGCCCUACCGAUGCUGAGGCUCACGAGCACAUCAACAAUAUUAUGAACAGCAUGUUGGUAAUCCCUGAUUCUGAGGCCGAUUCUCAGAUGCCCGGAACUGAGGAUGUGCCGCCUCCUCCUGUUUCACCGGCUUUCGAGAAGUUCAAGUACCGACUCCCAGAGUUGGAGUCGACCGACGUCCAACCAGUCGUCCGUCAGGCUCUGCACGACCACAUGGACGAAUAUCUGGAGGCUUUAAUGCCUGAACAAGAAGAAAUUCCCGACGACGACGAUGGUGUUGUGUUCGAUCUUGGCCAGUCCUCACCAUCGAAGCCGCGACAAUUCAAGAAACUGGCACGGAUGCCAUCGUCUACCCAUCCGUCGGACCAAACGUGGCGUCCAGGCGUUCAGGCUCAGUUCUCCUCUCAGCAGGAUUCUCAACAGACUGCGUCGUCUUCGUCUUUCGCGGAUACUGCUCAGUUGGUAUCUGACGAGGAUCACAUGGAGAAAUUUGCUGCCGUCCGGGAGUCCUUGCGGACGACGUGCAAAUCCGGUGGCUGUGAAGGCUUCAAGAUGGUCACCGUGACGUUCAAGUCAACUGAGCAAGCCGAUCUCGCCUAUCAGCUACUCAGCAGUGAUCACUAUCGUGUCGUCGACCCAUGUGCGGUGUCGAACGGCGAAUGCUUCACCAUGACCCUGGAUCAGUUUGAAGCCUCGUGCUGCAAGAAGGACGACCUCCCCCACAAUCACCUGAAGCUUUACCGAGCCCCUUUGCGGUUCGUGCCAUCAGAAACGCCAUCAGCGGACGUUCCACUCGACCCAUACUGGUUUGGUUUCUGGCUUGGUGAUGGAGUCAAGAGGACGACUCAGAUUGUCAGUUCUGAUCUGGAAAUCAAGGUCUACAUCCAGGCGUAUGUCGACCGUCUGAACGCGGAGAAGCCGGCGGACGCUCAUCCUCUGGGGCUGUCGGAACAGAUCAUCGAGAAGGCGGGCGACGUAAUGCACGAUCCAUACCGCAAUAAGAAUUAUCAGCACAACGUCAAUGUCUACCACUGGGGCAUCACGUCGACGCAGAAAACUGGUCCAAAUACCUGGAAUCCUGUUCGGGAGGCGUUGAAGGAGCUGGGCUUCAUCGGCGAAGACAAGGCUGCAGGUAUUCCAGACUGCUUCAUGCAUGCGGACGAGGACACACGCCUGGCUGUUCUCGCUGGUCUCAUCGAAUCGGACGGAGUGCUUCGAAAAGACUACGAUAUCUACACGCUCGAGCAGAGCACUUGUGAACACAAGAAGAUCGUCGAGGACGCCCGGGAACUGGCUCUAUCGUGUGGUAUACAGUGCUCCAGCAUCUUCACCCGCCAGAGAGACAACAGAAGCGAGCCGUCGUGGUCGUUCAACCUGUCGAAGGGCACUCAAAAGUUUCAACAUCAUCUUCUGUUUGCCAGGAAGAAGCUUGACGUCUCACGAUCCCAUACCUGGAGGAACAAAAACGCCCGCCCUUUUACGAUCUCCGACGCUUCUGAGACUGAAUAUCGUCCGAUUGAGGUCACCGGGGGCCUCUACCAGCUUGCUGACCGCACCGUGGUUCACAAUUGUCAUCUCAACACCUGCCCCGUUGGAAUCGCCACCCAGGACCCGAAGCUGCGUGAGAAGUUCAAGGGAACACCCGAGCACGUCAUCAACUUCUUCUACUACGUGGCGAAUGAGCUGCGAGCCAUCAUGGCCCAGCUUGGUUUCAGAACCAUCAACGAGAUGGUUGGCCACGUCGAGUGCUUGAAGGUCCGGGAUGACCUGCGGACGCACAAGACUGAGAAUCUUGACCUCGACCUCCUGCUCACCCCGGCGCACUCGCUGCGCAGUGGUGUCGCCACGUUCAAUGUCAGGAAGCAGGACCACCGUCUCUAUGUCCGCCUGGACAACAAACUCAUCUCCGAGGCCGAGCUCACGUUGGACAAGGGCCUACCAAGUCGUAUUGAAUGCGAUAUUGUCAACACAGACCGUGCCAUGGGCACUUCCCUUUCUUACCAGAUCUCCAAGCGUUAUGGAGAGGCUGGUCUGCCUGUCGAUACAGUCCAUGUUUCCAUCAAGGGAUCCGCUGGGCAGUCCUUCGGUGCCUUCUUGGCCCCUGGUGUGACUCUCGAGUUGGAGGGUGAUUCCAACGACUACGUUGGUAAGGGUCUGUCGGGUGGUCGUCUUGUUAUCUACCCACCUCGCUCCGCCGUAUUCAAGGCGGAAGAGAACGUUCUGGUUGGCAACGUGUGUCUGUACGGCGCCACUGCUGGCCACUGUUACUUCCGCGGUGUUGCUGCCGAGCGAUUCGCCGUGCGAAACUCUGGCGCUCAUGCCGUUGUUGAAGGUGUUGGUGAUCACGGCUGCGAGUACAUGACGGGAGGCCGUAUCGUUGUCCUGGGCAGCACGGGCCGCAACUUCGCCGCCGGCAUGUCGGGUGGUAUUGCGUACGUCCUGGACAAAGACCACGACUUCCUCUCCAAGCUCAACACGGAGAUGGUGGAGGCUUCUGGCGUCGAUGACCCCACCGAGAUCGCCUUCCUCCGGGGUAUGAUCGAGGACCACCACCACUACACCGGUUCCGAGCUUGCUGCUCGUGUCUUGGUCGACUUCAACCGGGUCCUGCCCCGAUUCAUCAAGGUUCUUCCAGUUGACUACAAGCGAGUUCUUAUGGAAGAUGCCGCCAAGGCUGCGGAAGCCAAGAAGGCUGAGCUCAACCUGCCCGUCAUUCCGGGCAAGAAGGAAGAGAAGGCUAAGGCUGCCCCUCUCCAGGAUAUGGAGGAGGCCAUGGGAGACAGCAAGGCCGAGUCCAGGCGCGCCCUGUCCUUGACAAGACCAAGGGCUUCAUGA